GAAAAUUUAAUCACAUAAUGUUGACAUUUAAUGAAUAAUAGUACUUAGAUCUUGGAUGUAAUAAAAAUUUGUCUUGUUGUGUAAUAGAAGAGCAAAUACAAUUUCAACCAACACCUCCCAACAUUUGUGUGAGCAGGAGCUUUAGUGACACAGAUGCCAGGAUCAGCGAACGUGAUGAUUUUCACGGAGGAAAAAAUGCUUGUCAAUAUAUUUCCAUCACUAUACUGCCACCUAGAGACAUGUUAAGAAAUAUCGCAGAAUAAACAGAGACUAUAUUUCUGCAACUGAUGAAUCCAUAAGAAAACUUUGAUAAACACUGUGUAAUGGUAAGAAAUGGAAACGAGACAAUAUAUUGUCACAAAAGGUCUGCAGAUCUUUUGGAUAAAUAAAAUGGUAUGUUCUUAUAAAAUUGGUGGUUAUGUAAUUGGUUAUUGGUUGGUUAAUUAUUUACAACCCUGUAUAUAAGAGUUUUUCCCAUUUUCAGCCAUUUUAAAAUAGUCUAUGACAAGAUUAAAAAAAAAAAAAAAUUCAAAAACUUUUGCAAUAGACCAGCUAUUUUUGAUAAAAACACAAAAUGCAAAUUAGGUGUAGUAGUACAUGUAUCAGCUAUGUUUUCUUCGAUGUAAUUUUCAAUUAACAGCGUAUUUUGUUGUUUAUGACAGUUGUAACAGUGCAGCCAUCACAUCAUUAUCACAAUCGGAACAAUUCAUUUUCGCUACUGGACUUAGCUUUCUCGACUCGACUAGAGGACUAAUAUUAAUAACUCGACGUCUGUGAUUACAUUGUUUGGUCAAAAUAAUCAAGCGAUUAAAGUAACAUUUCCACCAUUUUCCGUCACGUUUGAGGACUGAAACUGUCCAGCAAAGCCAAAACUCACAAAGAAACGGGGAUCAUAAAUGCCUCCUCUGUGAGUAGCAGGCCACCUCUCUUAUAUUCACGGAAAUGUUGCAGGUAGUGUCUGCAAAAGGUAUAAUACAGUACAGCUCUUCGUCCUGCAGGCUGUAAAUAACACCCCUGUCCGUCGCUCUCCGUCCUCCAUGCGUCUGACGCAGUUCGCCAAGCCCCGCCCCCGGCCUGGCUCUCACGCACCACUUACGUCCGACCGUAAAAAAUAGAAACUUCCAAGAUGGCCGAGUCCGUGGACUCCAUGCAUUUCGCAGCAAACAGCAAAACAAAUUCCCCCAAACCCCUGAUAGCCAAGCGGCCGCCGGAGAGCCGACCGCAGUCUUCCAGCGACAUUUACCCACCGCCCCCCAAGAAGGUCCGGGUGGAGGAGAAGGGCCUGAAGCACAGGAAACUGAACGGAGAGGUGUGCGCAGGGGAAAAACACAACGGGAAGCAGAGUUGUGGGAGCCCAGCGAAAUGGAGUUUCGGCCCGGCCAAGGCGAGCCACUCCGCCGCCGCCGCGGGGCCAGCGACUCCCGCUCGGAAAAUCUUCAAAAUCAGCAACUUCCUCGCAUCGCCUCUCAAAGUGAAGAAGGCGAAAGAGAAACGGCACAAGGAGAAGGAGAAAGGCGGUGAAGCGCAGCGGAGCUCCGCCGCGGGUGUGGAGAGAGUGAGCCCAGCUAGCUGCCAUACAAAGACCGAGAACGGCGACGUGAAAAUGCUACAGAAAGAUCAUCGUGUGAAGGAGAAAGACAGAGAGAAGAAGAAGAAUAAAGAGUGGAAGAAUCAUAAAUUGCCACCUGUACAUGACAUUGCAAGAGAAAACGGAGAAGUGAUUUCUUCACAGAAAGAGUCUAAGGAGAAACCCAAAGCUGGUUCAGAGGAAGACCUCCUGCUGAAGAAACUCAAGAAGAAGAAGAAAAAGAAGCACAAAGAUGGGGAGCGGGUGAAGGAGAGGUACAGCCCACCCAAAAUGUAUCAUCGCUCAUGCCAGACGGUGUGUUCAGGAGUGUCUCUGGGUCUGCCUGAAUUCCUCAGUCGAAUUAAUGGGAACAACAGCAUCGAUGGCAGCGGUCUACUCCACACCACCACUGCUCCACAACAACACCAUCAGGAUCCUCCUGUCACUGCUGCUACCUCCACCUCUAUCUCCUCCAUGGUCAGGGACAGGCUGGGCUACAACUCCCUGCUCCACUGCACUCCAGCGCCAGGCUUGCCCGGUCUAGAGUUUGGUCAUCUGAUCCACAUCGAGCAGCAGGCCAACGGAGGAGCGUCUGUGGUGCACGCCUACAGUGAGCAGCUCUCCUCUCUGUCUCCGGCUGAGAUACAGCGCUUCGCCCAGGAGUUUGUGACCCUCUCAUUCAGUGAGGACGAGGCCCAGGCUGCCUGUUUUGUGAUGGGUAUCAUCCAUGGAGCAGCGUCCUACCUCCCAGACUUCCUGGACUACUUCUCCUACAAGUUCCCCAACGCACCAGUGAAGAUGGAGGUGCUUGGGAAGAAGGACAUAGAGACCACAACCAUGGUCAACUUCCACUCUCAGGUGAAGCGGACAUAUUCCCAGGGAACAUACCGUGCUGGGGCCAUGCGGCAGGUCAGUCUGGUCGGGGCUGUAGAUGAAGAGGUCGGAGACUAUUUCCCAGAGUUCAUCAGCAUGUUACAGGAAUCUCCUUUCCUGGAGCGGACUCUUCCCUGGGGAACGUUUUCCAGUCUGCGGCUGCAGAGCCCCACUGAGAGUGACGACGGCCCCAUCAUGUGGGUCAGACCUGGAGAACAGAUGAUCCCUUUGGCGGACAUGCCAAAGUCACCCUUCAAAAGGAAAAGGUCCACCAAUGAGAUAAAGAACCUGCAGUAUCUACCCAGAGCCAGUGAGCCCCGGGAGAUGCUGUUUGAGGACCGGACAAGAGCCCAUGCUGAUCAUAUUGGUCAGGGGUUCGAGAGACAGACUACUGCUGCUGUAGGGGUGCUGAAGGCUGUACGCUGCGGAGAAGACAGUGACGCUCCUGCCCGGAUCACCAAAGAUGUUGUGUGUUUCCACGCUGGAGAUUUCCCAGAUGUGGUCAUGAGACUACAGCUGGACCUCCAUGAACCCCCGCUGUCUCAGUGUGUACAGUGGAUCGAUGAUGCCAAGCUGAACCAGCUACGGAGGGAGGGGAUCCGAUACGCCCGUAUCCAGCUCUACCACGAUGACAUCUACUUCAUCCCCAGAGGAGUUGUCCACCAGUUCAAGACUGUGUCUGCUGUCUGCAGUCUGGCUUGGCACAUCCGACUCAAACAGUAUCACCAACAUGAAGAGAAGGAAGAGGAGGAGGAGGAGGAGGAGGAAGACGUGAAGGGAGAGAAGUGUACACAUACAGAAGUCACACUUCAUGUCAAAGAGGAGCAGGAAGACGAGGAGGUAGAAAGGAAGGAGUGUCACCCUGCUGUACAUACAGUGACGAAGCUGGAGGAAGAGGACAACGAGGGAGGGGAGGGGCCGCUCUCACAAACUCCGACACAGAUUUUCAAGGAGGAAGCGCAAGAGAACAGAGUCGACAUGAAGGAGUUGUCAACAGCACAUUCUGUACCUUUUGUCAAGAAGGAGAGAGACGAAGGUCUACUCGCCCAUACACUAAUGGAACCCAAAGCCGAGGAAGAUGAGAAAGAGGAAGGUAAGGGAGCGGGAGAUAGAGGUGCAGACACAUGCCAGACACUGCAGAAGGGCCAUGAGGAGGGUGAAGUGGAUAGUGCAUCCUUUAAGACACUACAGCACAUUAGGAAGGAGAAUGAUGUGGAGGAAGAGAGGCAGCAAAAGACGACUCUGCCAGGUCAAGGUCUAAAAGAGAAAACUAAAGAUAGUAUAACAACCACUUAUAACCCACCACCAAUCAAAAAGGAUAAGGACAAAGGAAAAAGAGAAAAAGAUGAAAGAGAAAGGCCUAAGGACAAGAAGGACAAGGAUAGGAGUAAAGAGAAGGAGAGGGAUAAAAAGGAAAGGGGGAAAGAAAAGGAUAGAGAGAAGGACAGGAUGAGAGAGCAGGAGAAAGUUAAGGGCGAGGGAGGAAGAGAGGGUAGUACAUCGAUGCAGCCUUUGCCACAGAUAAGGAAAAAAGAGGACGAGGAGCGGACAAGAGAGGGCAGUACAGCCUCUCAAACUUCCCUGCCUGCUCAGAGAGAUGAGAAGUGGGCCAAGGAGUGGGACUCAAAGACACAACCCCAUGUCAAGAGAGAGAGGGAGCAUGAUAAAGACAGGGGAGGCACACAGGCAGCAUCUCACUUGCGGCCAGACAAAGAGGAGGCUCGAGAUGCCUGCUCGCAUAAACACAAGUCUUCACAUGGGAAGAAGGAGAAGAGCGGCAACAGGGAGGGGAAAGAGAGCAACACGUCAAGUACGCAGGGAGUGCAGGCAAAGUCAGGGAGAGAGGACGGGAAGACGGGCACCCCCAAACCUUCGAACAUUCAGGUUAAGAAAGACGGGAAGAAGGAUAAGGACGUCAGCAGUAAGGACGAAAGGAAGAAGUCUUCUUCUGGUCCUACACCACCAGAACACAAGCCACCACGGACACUCAUCACCUUUGACCUCUUUAAGCCGAUGGAGGCUCACCAAACUCUCGCCCUUUCCUUCACAGACAGUAGACCUAAGACCCACCAACACAGUGACUCUCGAGGUUCUUCCUCUAAGCCUGGAUCUGACAGUCGGACAGUUGUGCCCUCUAAAGGACCAAAAGUAAAGGACUCAGUGCAGGGAAAACCUGCCACACCCCUACAGGACACUCGGCCCCAGCAGCACUCGUUAAAACAGCCCUUGAAAACACACACACCCCAAACACAGAAGGACUUCUUACUAUGA